AGUGACUUUUGAAUGUGAUGAGGUAAACAUUUCCCACUCGAACUUGUUCAUGCUCUCGUUUCAUUCCUUUGCUCAGACUUUGCGUACCAAGUCUGGAUAGCCUCAGUCAUGUCUGCCCAGCAUGACUGCGUCUCCAUUAAGCAAGAGCCAUAUUGUAAUGGUGAAGAGGACAACUAUCAAAGUCCGAACCAGAAUCUUACAUCACGCAAAUCACACUCAAACCAUAGCCUUCAUGUUUUAGAAGAAGAGCCUCCUCUCGCAUGUCUUGAGGUUACAGAACACCAACGUGUUAUGCAUCGUGCAGGGAUGAAGCACCCCCGAUGGUGGAAAUACAUCGUGCUCUUUGGAACAUUCUUGGAUUUUCUACUGGUUUUUGGUUUCUUCAAAGGUAUCGGUGUGUUCGUUGUGGAGUGGCAAGAACAUUUUCAAAUAAGCUCUGUCAAAGCCGGCACCAUUACCAUUGGGACAGCUUUUGUUAUGCCUUUUACAACACCUUUAGGGGGAGCAUUGAGUCAGCGAUAUGGAUGUAGACCUAUAGCUAUUAUUGGAGGCUUGAUUUCGUCUGGUGCCACCUUCGGGGCUGCCUUUAGUCCAAAUUUACCUAUAUUAAUCAUUCUGAUAUGUAUAUGUGGGGUUGGAAUGAGUAUGACUUUUGCCCCUUGCCCUGCCGUCCUUGGUUUCUAUUUUGAUCGCCAUCUUGGAUUUGCGAGUGGUAUCAUGAUGUCCGGUGUAGGAGCUGGGAUCCUGAUUUUCCCUCCCAUCAUACAAGCACUCUGCAAUAGCUAUGGUUGGCAAGGAGCUCUUCUGAUAACCUCCGCCAUCUUCGCACACUGCUCUAUAUGUGGAAUGUCAUAUCGCCCCACACCCGCAGAGAGGUUUAAUAUUGCCAAGCUCCGUGCCUCGCAUUCACGGUCUCCAUCUCAUGGAUCAGAUAUAGAAAACAAAACUUUCUUGGAUGAAGAAAGCAACAAGCAGGGUGUUGCAGAUGAGCAAAAUGUCAAUAGGACGCUUCCCAAAGGUUGCUUUAUGACCAUUGCAGACAGGUGUGUGAAGUAUGUUCGUUUGCUCCAAAUUAAUAUCAUCUGGACUAACAGACAUGUAGCGUUGUUCUAUACCAGUAUUGUAUUCGUGUCCUUUGGAUACUAUUCUUCACUCGUUUACAUGACUGCUAGGUCGGUAUAUGACCUAGGUGUUACAAAGCAAGACGCGUCCUAUGUCUUGUCCACAAUGGGAAUAAGCAGUAUGCUCAGUAGGAUUGCUCAUGGUCCUCUCCUUGAUAGAAAAAUCAUAUCAGUCUUUCAUCUAGCUCCCAUUGCCCUGACCAUUAGUGGCCUGAGCUCGCUCUUCAAUCCCCUCGCAAAUUCUUACAUCCUUCAGCACCUUCUCGCCAUCUCUUUUGGGAUUGGAAGUGGAGCGUUCAACGGCUUGUGUCCUAUGCUUUUACGCUCCCUGGUUGAUUCGUCCAUUGUAGCGAGCUCUUUUGGACUGUACGUGAUGAUCACUGGAUUUGGAAACCUCAUCGGUACUUUUACUCUCGCAUCUGAUGAUCAUCAUGUGUAAGCAUCUGAUGGAUCACCUAGUGUCCAACUACAUCAUUACAUCUCUAAAUCAUGGGUUUAGAUCUGGGCACUCGACUGUAACUCAACUUAUCACGACUGUUCAUGAUCUCGUAUCAGCAUAUGACAGACGAAGGCAGAUUCAUGUGGCAAUUCUCGAUUUUUCAAAGGCCUUUGAUACGGUUCCUCACAACAAGUUGCUGCACAAGCUAACCUCUAUUUCAUUGGCUGCAAACAUUCCUCACCACUAGAUAAAUGUCGGUUGUAGUGGACGGUCAUCGAUCUACAGCAGUACCGGUUAUAUCAGGCGAUCUGCAGGGCACCGUCCUCGGGGCCUUUGCUCUUCCUCUGCCUCAAGUACGCCUCUUGCUGAUGAUUGCCUACUAUACUGGCACAUUAAAUCACAACGAGAUCACACGAUACUCCAGGAUGACCUCAACAAACUGGAUGAGUGGUCUGAAAUAUGGGGCAUGACAUUUAACACAAGUAAAUGCACCAUAUUAAGUGUCAACACAAAGUCAACCCAUUUCUGCACGCUGUGAGGUCAGAUCCUAAAACAGGUAACAGAGCAUCCUUACCUUGGAGUUACCCUGAACGAGAAGUUGAAUAGGAGCCCGCAUGUUGCCAUCACGACUCGUAAAGCAAGUGAAGUACUAGCACUCCUUAGGCGAAACCUGCGCUUCUGCCCAGAAGACUGCACGAGAACUGCCUACAUUGCCCUUGUUAGAUCUCUCAUGGAAUACGGAGCCAUUGUAUAGGAUCCUUACUUAAUGAAAGACAUCGAUGCCCUCGGAAGGAUUCAACGCAGAGGAGCUCGCUUUAUCACGAAAGACUACAGAUCCAGAGACCCUGGUAGUAUGACACAGAAAACCUCAAACUGCCGACGCUAGCAUCAAGGAGGAAAUGUGCAAGACUCUCAACCUACUUCAAAGUGGUUGGGGGUUGGUACCAGCCCUCCCUUUGAAUAAUCUCUUUAGACCUACAAGACAAAAUAGGCAAAUAAAAGCAAAGAAAUUUGCUGGGUUUGAGUCAACACACCUAGGUGAAAUGCAAGUCCUAGACCAUAAUAACUGUUUUGCAGUCGCGAAUUUCAAUACUGAUCAAUAUAAGAACUCGUUUUUCGUACAAAUAACAGUGGACUGGAACCAUCUUCCAGCCACCAUAGCAACUUCUCAGACAGUCGCAACCUUCAAGGCAGCUGAUGUAGACCACCUUCUCCGGUACUGCUAAUCUCCAUAAGCCCUCUCUCUCACCCGGUGCGCUCUACCAAAACGGUAUACAUCCAGAUCCAGAUCAUUUGAUUGUUCGGUUUUGCUCUAUUUAUUCAAAUCAACUUGAUCACAGUUGACUAUGUACCUACAAAACAACAACGCAAAAAGAAAAAAGACGUUGUGGCUUACAAGGAGAGCACAGAAAUAGAUUCGCCGCAAACACAGAGCAUGGAAGUGAUAUAAAGCCCAGAAGACAACUUAAAGAUUUGAACAAUAUAAGCAGUGCCAGAAGGAGGCAAAGCAUGAAGUAGAAGUAGCCAAAAGAAGCUUUGAGAAAAGACUAGCUGAGAAUAUAAAGGAAGAUACCAAAAGCUUUUAUGCAUAAUGUGAGAACGAAACAGAAUGUAAAGGAUUCUGUCGGGCCUCUUAAGAAUGAAUCUGGCGAAACAAUUAACCCAGGAGUUGAUACAGUUAACGCCCUCAACAACUACUUUGCGACAUCUUUACAGAUGAGAAAGAUGAAGCACCCAUUCCUGAAACUAUAUCUCAAGGACCUAAUGACAUGUUUCUCAAAGAGUUCUUGAUAACUGAUGAAUGUGUCAAAAAGAAGUGCUUGAUCCAACUGAGGCUGUAAGACCAGAUGAGAUACAUCCAGUCAUUCUCACGACUAUGGCAACCCAAUUAUGUGUACCCCUAGCCUACAUCAACAGGUCCUUAGAAGAAGGAAUAGUGCCUACAGAUUGGAAACUUGCCCAUGUUAUCCCAAUCUUCAAAAAAGGAUCAAGGUCUAAGCCUAGCAACUAUAUACCAAUCAGCCGUAUUUCAACGUCUGGUAACGUGAUGGAAAGCAUAAUUAGAGACAAGAUAACUGAGCACGUUGACAAAUAUAACCUUAUCUAUGACACUCAACAUGGCUUCCCCAACUGAAUGCAAACAACAACGAACCUGCUGGUGUAUCUCGAUCGAACUCGUCACAAAGAGAGUGGAUGAGGGUACACCACGUCGUAUAUCCAACGAAUUGUUAACCGUGUAUUGUAUUUCUGUGCGUAUAUCUAGAUCUAGCAAAAGCAUACUGACACUGUGGCACACAAAAGAUUAAUCAGGAAAAAUUGAAGAACAUGGAAUCGGUGGUAAGUUACUACAGUGGAUCAAAUGUUGGCUCAGUGAUCGUAAACAAAGAGUUAGUACACAGGGAGCAGAAUCCAAUCGGAGGCAAGUUACCAGCUCCGUUGUUCAAGGCUCUUUGCUGGGCCCAAUCUGUGUUUUUUUUGCACGUAAAUGAUACGAAUAUUGGAAUCAACAAUGACUACAAAAAACAGCAAAUUUGCAGAUGAUACCAAGCUUAUAAAUACAUGCUGUACUAAUUGACGAUGACACACAAUUUAUGCAACAAUCGAUCAAUCACCUCGAUAGAUCGGCAGCAAAAUGGCUAAUGAGACAAGUGUGGAAUUAUGCACUUUGAAUCCAACAACCCUCACCAAAUGUAUUCACUGAAUGGCUCUGCACUAAAAGUAACAGUCGAAGAUAAUGAUCUAGGCAUUCCUGUCAAUAAAUCACUAAAAGUUGCUUCCCCGAUGUGCAGCAGCGGCCAAGAGAGGUAAUAAGGUACUAGGGAUGAUCGCAAUUUUACCUAUAAAAACAGACAAGUGAUCCUGAAAUUAUAUAAAUCGCUGGACGUCCACAUUUGGAUAAUACAAUGCAGACUUGGAAUUCAUACCUAGCAAAUGACAAAAAAAUACUGGAGAAGGUCCAACCAAGAUCUACGAAAAUGAUCCCUGAUAUCCAUUACCUAUCCUAUGACAGGCUCGCCAGAUUAAACCUUAAUACGUUGGAAAGGAGACCUCAUUCAAACAUACCGAAUCAUGACACAAAUGGACAAAUCAAACCCGGACAAUUAUAUCCAGAGAGCAUAGUGUACCAGAACAAGAGGACACUCUCUUAAAUUUGUCAAGCAACGAUCUAGACUGGAUAUUAAGGAAACACUUCAUCAGCCAAUGGGUUGUUGAUCAAUGGAUUAAACCCCCACAGUCCACAGUUGAUGCAGCAACAAUUCUGCAUUUUAAGAUACAAUGAUCAAAACUGGGUUAUUAAAUGGGCUCUAAGAUCCUUCUUAAUCCUGUCACACUCAUCUGUACAUCCUCGUCGUGAAGACAGUGAGAUGUAGCCAUCAAGGUAACUUUAAGGUAACAGAAUGGUGUUAAUGUCUUAUACAGGAUCCUGCACUGAAAUAAGUAUUAUAACUUAAUGUUGGCUCUGUUGAAAUUGAUAAUGCUUCCUGAUUUCUACAGUUCAUAUUAUCAUAAUUAUCAUUGGUUGUUAUGAAACACUGCCAAAAUGUAAAAGUAUUGACAAUACGUAAAUACUGCAUUGUACUAAUUCAGCAUGUUACGAUAUCGGGGAAACAUCUUGUCAUGAACAAUAACUGUUUUUAAAGAAAAUACGAGCAUUAAAAUUAGGUCGUCUCUGUGGUUAAAUUUACAAGAUAAACGAGUAUAUUAAUUAUUAUGACUUUUUACUCCCCUCUGUUUCCUUCCUCUUUUCCAUCGUAAACUCUCUCUCUCACUCCCAUAUACACGCACGCACACACCCACACAUACUCUUUCUUUCUGUCUCUUGCCUUCUCACUUGUCUUUUCUCCCCCUUUUGCUACUCAAUUCCAUCCUGUCCUAACAUCUCUCUCUCUCUCUCUCCCUCCCUCUCUCCCCUCGAUUAUUCCUUCUCUCUCUCUGCA